GUGUAUGUGUGUGUGCAAGUGUAUGUGUGUCUGUGUCUAUGUGUGUUCUUGUGUGUACGUGUAUAUGUAUGUUUCAUUGCUAGAAGUCUAUUUUUACUUUCUCUUCUGCCCGCUGUUCACCGAAGUCUUCUUACCAAUUUGGUAACAGUAUCCCUCAACAAUUUGGGUGUGUUCUCCGAUGAUCUAUUAAAAGGCGGCUGACGACAGGCGAUAAAAAAUUUGUCGUUACAAACUUAUAAAGAAGAAAGAAUAGUAUUGAUAGCAAUAGCCAUAAUAAUAUUAACAGUAAUAAACUAACAGACAAAUAAACCACCGAAGACUGAGAUACGCUGGGGGAUCACUGGAUUCAGUAAAUGGAACAGAGUAAGUGAGCGAAAUCAAAGAGUGAACAGUACAGCAUAACAUUGAUCAUUUGGAGACCGUGUCACGUCCACCUUAACGUCUCAGUUAUUUCUUAACAAGUUCGCCUUCAUCACUUGGGUUUAUUGUUGUGAUCCCGAAUCGAAAGAAAGGUUUUAUUUAAGUCUUCGAUGGAGGAAGCAGCAGAAUCCAUUGUGAAGACUGCUGCUGAGUCAGUAGUGAAUGCAGCAACGGAAUCUGUAGUGAAUGGGGCAGCAGAGUCUGUAGCAGAAGCAGUGACCGAUUCCAUAGUAGAAAGUGCAGCCAGUACCAUAUUGGAGUCAGCCGCCGAGUCUGUGUUAGAAACAGCCACCGAGUCUGUGUUCGAAACCGCCACCGAGUCGAUACUAGAAGCAGCAACCGAGUCAGCAUUCGAAACCGCUACUGAGUCAAUACUAGAAGCAGCUAGUGACUCUGUGCUAGAGGCCGCCACUGAGUCAGUCACAGAAGGAAUAUUUGAAGGGGUUAUUGAAGACUCAGCGGCAGACGUCCUUACAGAAACCAUGAAUAACGUUGCCGAAGCUGCAGCAGAUAGCCAAGUGUUUUCGCCUUUGAACAUGCUUGGAAUCGAGCCAAUGAAUUACCGACAGUUAUACCAGAUGGUGGCAGGGGUGACAGUUCCGGAAACGGACUACCUGGAGCCUUACAUGGCAACAGUCGUCUACUUACUGGUCGUCAUCACUCUUGGACUGGUUCUAAGAAAACUUACCAAAGCCAUCAUGCCUGCCAGUAUUCAGGUCUACUUGGUCGAAUUUGUGGCCACCAUGGAAGUGUGUUCGUAUUUCUUUGAGAACAAUUUCGUUCUGAAACACUACGGAUACACUGUAUUCUUCUUUGUCAUCGUGCUGGAGAUUCUUAUUUCGAACAGGACCCUGGAAGGUGCAUCCGAAAAUCCUAUCAAGGCGCUGGACGAAUUUUCGAAACGUGAGAUUGGAUUCGACAAGGCAAUAUUGAAAAUUGUGGUUCAGUGUUUUGGCGGUCUUGCUGCCUACCGACUGGCCCAGCUGGUUUGGUCGCUAGACAUGAUUGAAGAUCACCACGUGAGGUACUACGAAGUUUCUUGCGACACCGACUUGGUCACGUCUAUCGCUCUCGGGUUCCUUGUUGAGAUGGGAGCAGCUUUUAUCGAUACGUAUCUGGGCAAGCAGUCUCUGUCAUCGACGCCGUUCAUCGAUGAAUUGAUUAAGGCAGUCAAUGGUGGAGUUAUGAUUGUCGGCGGGGUCAGUUUAACUGGAAUGUACUUCAACCCCGCUAUGGCAACUGGUCACAUGCUCGGAUGCAAAGGAACCGAAAUGUGGGAGCACAUCUUAGUCUACUGGGCAGGACCCUUCUUGGGUUGUUUGUGUGGUGUUAUACUUGAUAAAUAUAUACGUAUCAACCAGGGUAUGCUGGUCUGAACUGGAAGAAUAGGAGAGAAAAAGAAAAUAAGAAAGAAGAAAAAGGAAUAAAGAAAAACAGCGAUGUAACAACAAUAAAACAAAAGGCUUGAGAUGUGAGUGUGAGUGUGAGUGUGUGAGAGAGAGAAAGAUAGAUAAAGAGAGAGAGAGAGAGAGAAAAUAGAGAGGGUGAGAGAAUGUUAGGGGAGUUAGGCAGAGAAAGAUAGAAAGAAAGAGAGAGAGAGAGAAAAAGAGAGGAAGAGAGAGAAAGAAAGAAUGAGACAAUAUUAGGAAAGGCAGAGAGAGAGAGAGAGAGAAAGAAAGAGAAAGAGAGAGAGAGGAAGGGGGGAUUUUACAGGAAAAAGAAAACUUUUCCAAGAUGUUUUAUGAAAUUCGAAACUGAGGAAUAAAGAGAAAAAUAUAUAAAUAAAAAAAAAAAAGAAAGAAU